AUGACGAACGCCGAAGCCCGCAGACAAGAAUUCCCCGCACCACCCGAAGCCGCCAACGCCAACAGCGGCCGCGGCCUACAAAGCCCGACAGGCCCAGAUCGGGGCCCGCCCAUCGCCGCAGCCUCCCGAAGCAGCACCGCUGCCAUGGCCACCAGCAGGCACCUCUGCCGCGGCCUCCUCCGCCGUGGCCACCCCAAGGCACCUCCGCCGCAGCCUCCACCACCACAGCCUCCCUCUGCAGCCCGUCGCCGUGGCCAACCGCAGAUCCACCACCGCGGGCUCGAGCGCGCGCCGCGACGCCUGCGCCGCUGCACCACCGCCAAGCCCCGACACGCCUGCGCCUCAGCACCACCGCUGCUCCCCGUCCGCGCGCCGACACCUCUGCCAGCGCUCAGCCGCCGGCCCCAGCGCCCACCGCCCCGCCCCGCACCCGACGAGCUCCCUCUCGCCAGGGGACGCGGGAGAAAGAAAAACCGCCCCGCCGCCACCUUCCUCGGGUGGGGCGCGCGGCUUUGCCGGCCCACCUACGGCGGCAGCGAAGCAGGGAGAAGAGAAGGAGGGGGCUUCUAG